AUGAAGGAAGUGUCCUGCUUCUGCAUGACUUUUUCUUCCUUGUUGGAACAGAUGGUGAAGGCUUACAAAUAUAUGACUGGUAUUUUUUCAGUGACUCAUACCUCAGAGCAACAGGCUUCAGAUGGUGAUAAGCAGCCAACCAAGAUGGAUGUAAGCCUACUUGAGGAGCAAUAUGACCACAUAAAACAGAAGCAAAAGCUGCAGUCACACAUUAUUGUAUUUAAAACAGGUGAGCAUGAAUCUGUUCUCCCAGAAUCAAUGGUCAGUGCUGUUUUAAUUAAUAAAGCAGUUAGGAGAUCGAAGUCGUUUACAGAACGUGUUCCUGUCAGAAAGGUCAGACUGGAGAUGAGCAGCAGCAACGCAGAAGACAACUCACCAUGGAGAACCCACCUGGGAAUUCACCGCCUGGCCCAAGCCCCCUGCCAAGGAGGUACCUGGGACCUCUCCCAGUGCCAGGACAGACCAUGCAGUUUUGACAACCAGAGACUGGUUUCAAAGGGAAACGGGAUGCUGCAACACAAGGAGUCAGAGGGAGGAAGUGAAUUAUCCGUGCUCAGCCAACUGGGAAGUUCAAACGUGUCGAACAGUUGCAGCAAAGAGAAUGGCAGCAACAUUUCAAGCAGCUGCCAAAAGCCUCCUCUGAAAUCAGCCACUUCAGCAGUUCGGACACAUGUUGCUUCUCCAAAAUGCAUGCCAGCCUGCAACAAACUAAACUUUUACCCUUUCCCCAGUAAAAAAGGACCGAGAAUUUCUGAAGCAGCAAGGAGGCUUGGAUUGUAUGGCUCACAAUGA